AAUAUGAAGUUUUUAUUUGAAGGAAGGAGACGACUUCACUUCAACGGCAGAAAAACAAUUCCCGCCGCUUUACCACACUCCGACAUCGUAAUCUCCCGGCGUUUUUGCUGCCAACGCACCGCAAUUCCACUGCAGAGCAGUUAAACUGAGCUUGAACGACAAUUGUUUCCCUCCGAUCGCGCUUCGGAAUAGGCAGUAGAAGAGAAUGAAGAUCAAAGGAAGCAAAGUCGCCGGAGGAAGCUGGACAACCCUAGGCCUGCCUUUAAUUUUCCUUUUAUGCCUCUUCUUCUUCCUCGCCGGUUUCUUCGGCGCAUCUCUUUUCUCUCAGCAGGAGAGUCCUACGAGUAAUUUGAGGCCGCGGACGAGGGAAUUGGUUGAGGAAGUGAUGGAUUCGAAGGGGAUUCCACACGGAGAUUCCGGCAAGGACUCUGUGGAGACGAUACCCGUUCAGAUUCUGAGCUGGAAGCCUAGGACUUUAUACUUUCCGAACUUUGCUACUGCAGAACAAUGCCAAAACAUUAUCAGAAUGGCAAAAGUAAAUCUCAGGCCAUCAACCUUAGCUCUACGGCAGGGAGAAACAGCAGAUAAUACGAAAGGAGUCAGGACAAGUUCUGGGAUGUUUAUUAGUGCAUAUGAAGACAAAAGUGGAACCCUGGAUCAGAUUGAGGAAAAAAUCGCUAGAGCGACAAUGAUCCCCAGGAAACAUGGAGAGUCCUUCAAUGUCUUGCGUUAUGAGAUUGGGCAGAGAUACCAGUCACAUUACGAUGCAUUCAAUCCAGCUGAAUAUGGCCCACAAAAGAGCCAGCGGCUGGCUUCUUUUCUAUUGUAUUUAUCUGAUGUUGAAGAAGGUGGUGAAACCAUGUUCCCUUUAGAGAAUGGGAAAAACAUAGAUAGCAAUUAUGAUUUUGGGAAAUGCCUUGGUCUAAAAGUGAAGCCACGGACAGGAGAUGGGCUACUAUUCUACUCCAUGUUUCCAAAUGGCACAAUUGAUUCUCACUAGUAAAGAAAAUGCUAAAAUGUGAAAGAAGAUAGGCAACCAGGUAAAACUUGAUAUGGUAUUUUCCCGAAUUCAUAGUUUUGUCAUCAUUUUAGUGAGUCGUUGAGUUUCUAAAGUUGUUUAAUGGAGAGGGAAUUAUAGCUAUAUUUACAGUUGUUAUCAGUUCAUCCAGAAACUUAUAUUUGCACAUUAUGAGGAAUUGAGUUGUCAAAACUCUGUUCAACAGAGGGAGAACUAUAACUAGGUCAUAGAAGGCUUAUAGUGGUGGUAUUAGUGCAUAAUAUGAUUAGUUACAUUGUGAAAUGGGCUGGCAAGAGACGCACUAUGAGGCACGAUUGAUUUAGUUCAGCGGGUUUGAUUGGAAGGGAUAGGAAAUGACAAUAGUAGAAAGACAAUAGAAGAGAGAACCAACUAGGAGACGAAGGUGCAGGGUGCAUCAGAGGAGCGAAAGACACAUAAGAUGAAUCAUGCAUCUUUGGUAGGCAAGAUCUUGCUUGCUGACAUUAGCUGCUUUUAAUCUCAUAUUUUGAGCGAUGAAAUAGUUUCGUUUAUUGCUUAUGACAAGAUAUGUGACUGACUG